UAAAUACAAUACAAACACGACCACUCACGUCGUAAGCGGCACUCAAAAGUCCGCCCAUCAUCCGCCGCACCCCCUUCCCCCAACAUAACCCUCUCAGUACCUAGGGAAUUCCCUCCAGGCAGUUGGUCUCCGUGACCCUCCAAACCAUUCAUUCUAUCAGGCGGUAUCACGGUGGCAUCUCAGAUAAAUCUACCCUCAGUCGGAUAUCAAAGUGGACAUCCUGCCCACGCCAUGUCCCUAGUAGCCCUGAAAAACCUCUUCUGGAGGACCGCCGACGCAGACGCGGAGUCGCGACGGUGUGUGAUCCGACAACGAGAUAGCUCAGGACGGCAAAGCUCCGAAGACUCAGCAAGAACCAUCACCCACGCCGACCUUGAGGCCCAGCAACGCAUCCCUUUACUUGGCCAGGAGGUCACGGCACCCCUGCCAAAGAGCUUCAAGGUCGACGCCCGGGUGAUCUCUGACGCGACUAUUGGCCUCUCGGACGGCCUAACUGUCCCAUUUGCCUUGACAGCAGGCCUUUCUGCCCUGGGAGAUACUAGGAUCGUGAUAUUCGGCAGCCUAGCCGAGUUGAUAGCGGGCGCGAUAUCGAUGGGGCUCGGCGGGUAUCUCGGUGCGAAGAGCGAGCUGGCCUCAUACCAAGAAACCCGGUGCCAGACAGAGAGGCUCGUCCAGAAGGACCCCCAGGCCGUAGUCGCUGAGGUCCGGGAUGUGUUCGCACCGUACGGGCUGCCGGCCCAGACUCUCGAUGACCUGGCUGCCCACCUGUCGGCCUCGCCCCGGCUGGUCGACUUCGCGAUGCAGUUCCAACACUGCGCGCAGGAGCCGGCCUCCUCGAGGGCCCUCACGUCCGCCAUCACCAUUGCGUUGGGGUAUUUCCUGGGCGGACUGCUUCCGCUGGUACCGUACUUUUGCGUCGAGAAGAAUGAUUUGCUCAGAGCGUUGUACAUCUCGAUCGGCGUCAUGGCGGUUGCCCUAUUCUCAUUCGGUUAUGUGAAAACUUGCAUUGUAACGGGUUGGCGAGGGUCGAAAUACAUACGGCAAGGCGUUUUUGGAGGCAUUCAAAUGGUCAUCAUUGGAGGCGCUGCGGCGGGGGCCGCUAUGGGGUUGGUCAAGACUUUCAACGAACUUGUCGACCCUUGAAGCAUUAAUACAAUUUGCGGUUCAUUCGAAGUAAUUCACGACGCUAAACUGUAAUAAAACCAUCGAGAACUUCAGUGGCACGCC